GUUUCCUGAAAGAAAUAAGAAAAGUACAAUUAUUCAUUAGCAUUCUUUAAGUUGUUUUUUAUUUUCUGCUCCAAGACGGUUACAGAACGAAGAAACGUCACAAAUUAAAAUAUUUGCAUUCCAGCCAAAUAACAGAAUGGCAAAGCCCUAGAUGCAUCAUGAAAAUGUUAGAUUUCGUACCUCUGUUGGAAGUACUAUUUCAGUUUCGGUAUAUACAUAGUUAACUUCAAUUAGGUGCUCUGGGAAGUAGCCAAAUUGACGCCCAACCUAUUGACAAAUAAGGAAAAAUCAUGUUAAUGGUUAUGACCAUACACACCUACUACAAUGUUUACACAGUAAGGGUUAGAUAUUAACAACAAUUUACUUACACUUCCCGCCCACAUGUCUGUUCUCUUGCCACCUAAUUUGUAGUACACAUAAACAUUUUCAGAUUUCUUGGCGGACAGGAAUCGACAAUCCGGUCCUGAGAAAUCAUCAAUCAUCUUCCCCCGAACAAGGAGCACUGUAAGGACACAAAAGCGAAAAAUUACAAACAAGUCUUAAGGCUGUGUUUUGACAGAGGAGUUUGGAUAUGGAGUGUUUGGGUGAAUUGGGUGAAGGACUAAGGUUUCAUCACCAUCCAAAUUGCAGUUCAAAAGGAUUCUGAUCUAAACGAAGACGAUGGCCGACCUAGAAAUGCAGCCAAUAACAGAUGAUACCUCGGAUGGAGAUAGGAACACGGUCUUGAACUAUCCAAAUGGAUCAAAUGAUAAAUCAAAGCUGCCUUUGGCUGAUUCCCCAUUUUAUGACCAUCGCAUUGAAAGUGGGUUUCAUCAGAGCACAAGGACCUGCUGUCUGAAAGUUAGAAACGCCAUGCUGCACAAUGAUUGGCACAAGGCAGGCCAGUACAUGGCCAGUUACUUUCAAGCAAUAGAGGACACAAACGUGUCUGUUGCCCAGCAGCACAUGGAGAUCAUUUGGAAAACAGGAACAGACAUUCUCCACCAUCUUCCGAAUGUAACGAUGGAGAACUACAACGACUUCUAUGAACAAAUGAAGCUCUUGGGACUCAAUAAUUACCUCUUGGUUAGCCUGGAGCACAGUUUUCACCUGAUGGUAAACGGGCAGCUUGAAAAGGCCAGGCAUCAGCUGUCGAUGGCUGAGACCUGGAGGCACGGCAGGCUGUCUGAGAGCCAGUCUCAGAGGGUCAAACUGGUGCAGGCCUACCGCAGCCUACUGGACUACUUCACCUGGUGCGACAAGAGGGAAAACUUCUCCACAGCGGCAGCUUUAAGUACUGAUGAAAUGGCCGCGCUGGACAUGGAGACCGUCUACAAGAAGUCCACUGUGAACUUGAAGGAGAUUUUGAAGAACCCAGGUGUAUGGGAUCCCUUCAUACUUUGCUACAUCGAAGUAAGCCGAGCCCUUCCCUGCUCCGAUGGAACGCGUGCGUCCAAUAUGCUGGAGCACUACCAGCAGCACGAUGAGAUUUCCAAGAUUCUGGAGGACUACGCCUACGACGAGUCCUUCCCUCCCAACCCCAACGCACACGUCUACCUGUACCGCCACCUGAAGAAGACCGGCGCUCCGGAGAAGAAGCUGAGGCGUGUUUUGAAGGUUCUGCAUGACCUGGUCCCAAGCCACGAGCUGAUGCCCGAGUACUUUACUCUCCUACUCCGGUCAGAAAAAGAGGAGGACCUUCGAAAGGCGUUAGACGUGUCUUUACUUAUGCUUGACUACGCCUGCUGGAAGAUCAACUUGGCCACAUGGAAGAGUUUGAAGGCCGCCAUCAUCAAACUGAAACAACAGAACGUGGACAACUGGAAGGACGUAGUUGGUGACAGCAUGGCGUCGAGGCGGGACUGGUGGCCGGCCUUUCACUUCACACACUUCCACGCCAAGGAGGACCUGACCACGGACCAGGCACUGCUGAAGGUCAAAGCCUGGGUGUGCAGGCUCCUGUUCCCAGACAAGGUCUACAUCGUUGAAUGGCUAUCCCUGAAAAAAACCCUACCCCAGAAAGAGCCCCUACCCCAGAAAGAGCCCCUACCCCAGAAAGAGCCCCUACCCCAGAAAGAGCCCCUACCCCAGAUGGAGCCCCUACACCUGGAAAAGACCCUACCCCUGAAAAAGACCCUACCACUGAUAGAAACACUACCCCUGAAAAAAAAACGAAUACUGAAAAAAAAACAAAUCCUGAAAAAACACCAACAAACCUCUAAAGCGAUCCCUUAGAUUAAAGGAAUACUUCACCCAUUCAGAACCGGCGUUCUAUCAUUAUAAAAUCGCUAUUGUAAUAUAUAUAAAAAUAUUUUUUUCCCCUCAGUCUAACCCAGUCUUCCCCCUUGGCCCAGCUCUCCUGAUCUAAUUUUCUCCCGAGAUGACGUCAAAUGACGCGUUUGACGUCAUCUCGGGAGAACUUUGCCUGUUAGAAGGGCCAAGGACUACAAACCACUGGUUCCGCAAAUUUGUGAGCCCACCAAUAAAGAAUGAGGGGGGGGCGGGAGCUCGCAUACGAGAUGUAAACACAAUGUCCGCCAUGUUUCUUCACCGCUUAGCUAGAGAACAAAUUUGCAAUGUGAAAUAGCCAAAGUGGAUUUUGAAAACCUAUGUUUGGAUUCGGGCAUUCAGGGCUAUUAGUACGAGCCAGAAUACAGCCAGGAAGAAUUUACACAAAUAGAGGAGUAGGCUGCUGCGGCUGCAGCUGAACAAGCCUUGCCUGUUGCCGAGGACGAGGACGAGGAGCCGGAGCGCGCCGGUUUGCUCUGUUCGCCUAUAGACACUAACACAGAGUCCCUGUGCUGCAGCGAGUUUCAGCGAUGCCAGUUUCUUCUAGAAUAAAUGGCUGAAUCUGGCGACGACGGGGCCAUGUGUGUAUCCUCUCACCCAGGCUUUACGCCUCAUCUGAGCAGUUGGGUAUUUGAUACAUAUUUCCGGACCCAGAAGGUGAACUGGAAACGCCAGCCAAAGCUCGCCAGGAGAAACAGACGUCUUAGCACAGAGUGAGCGUUUGUUUUUUUGCUAACACAUUGGCUACCAUAGUUUUGAGUCCCGGGGAACGUGACAAUGUAGUUAUCCGAAAAUAGCCAAUCUUAUUGGCAGAGCAUAGGCUACGUUACAUUAGCUUGAAGUCUGUGUAAUGCUGCUAUAAAGUCAACACAAUGGUUAUACUUGACUUUAUAAUUCGCAUGAAAUAGAAAUAAGAGUCUUCCAACAGAGGACAUCAACCGGACUUGAACCCCGGUCUCCAGGGGGUAAGCUCACAGCUCUCUCCACUUCCCACUGAGAUAUGUAAUUUAAUUAUGUCUGAGUUUAUAUAUGACAGUGCAAUAGACAUGAAAGCAUCAUGUUUUUUAAAGAUAUUGUGUUUUCCACAGAAAUUGAGCCGCGGUCUCCAGUGGGUUAGGCAGAGUACACUCCACUGCACCACUGAGGCGAUGACUACACAAUAAUCAAUCAAUAAAGAGGAUAUACAUGACAUUAAAAUGUAUGUGUGUAUUUCUAUUAUUUCCCUUGUUUUUUUUCAUGACGACCAAUAAAAAACGCCACUGUUACCCCUUAUGUGUUUUUCAUAGCGACCAAUAAAAAACAACAGUGUUACCCCUUAUGUUUCUUUUCAUGACGACCAAUAAAAAAUGACUUAUAUUAUGUUUGACAAAUACAACAGUGUUACCCCUUAUGUUUUUUUUCAUGAAGACCAAUAAAAAACAACAGUGUUACCCCUUAUGUUUUUUUCAUGACGACCAAUAAAAAACAACAGUGUUACCCCUGUUUACAUUUUUGCGGGGAUCCGAACCUGAGCUGUUUAGAGAAUUAAGCUCCGAACUUAUCAAUGCACCAUCAAGACACAGAUUAAACACAACACAAUGGUUAUACUUGACUUUAUAAUUCGCAUAAAAUAGAGAUAAGAGUCUUCCAACAGUGGACAUCAACUAGACUUGAACCCCGGUCUCCAGGGGGUUAGCACACAGCUCUCUCCACUUCCCACUGAGAUUUAUAAUUUAAAUAUGUCUUUGGUUAUAUAUGACAUGAAUAGACAUGAUAGCAUUACGUUUCAAAUUAAAGAUAUUGUGUUUUUCACAGUAAUUGAGCCGCGGUCGCCAGUGGGUUAGGCAGAGUACACUCCACUGCACCACUGAGGCGAUGACAAUACACAA